GGAUUGUGGGUGUGGGGCCCAUGUGAGGCUCGGAGAGGACUCGGAGGAGUGUUUGGUUUCCUCAAGCAUUUGUCCAGUCAGACAUUUUAAAAUGGCAUCCAAACAAGAAAUAAUGAGUGACCAGCGGUUUAGGCGUGUUGCCAAGGACCCGAGAUUUUGGGAAAUGCCAGAAAAGGAUCGAAAAGUCAAAAUUGACAAGAGAUUUCGAGCAAUGUUUCAUGACAAAAAGUUCAAAUUGAACUACGCGGUGGAUAAAAGAGGACGUCCCAUCAACCACAGCACAACAGAGGACUUGAAACGUUUUUACGACCUUUCAGAUUCUGAUUCAGAUGUCUCUGAUGAAGAUAACAAAGUAUUGAGCCAAAAGAAAAUGAAGAAGAAAAAAGCCCAGACUAGAAAUGAAGUAGAAUCAAAAAAUCUUGUUGAGGAGAAAAAUGAAGAAACUAAGAAAGUUAAUCAAAAAGAUUCUGGGAAUAAAAACAAUUUAGAUAACUCUGAGAGAGUUCAAAAAGUGAAAAGCUCAUGCAAAUCUAAGAAGACAGAUUCCAUGAGUCCCAAGACUGAUAGCAAAGAAUUUACACAAAAAAGCCCAGAAGGGAAAAAAAACAUUGUUCAAGAUAGUACAGACUUGUUUCCCAAAGGAAAAGUAAGGAUGACAGACUUGGGCACCUCUGAAAUUGUGCAUUCUCCCAAGGUCAAGUAUUCUGAGACAAGAAGAGGAAUGCAAUCAGUGGUUCCGUUCGUGAUGGCAAGAGACAGUGAUAGUCAUGAAAACUUGAAAGAUUCUCUGGAGGAAGAUUCAGAAAGUGCUAGUGAAACUGGAGGUGAUGAAGAUUCCGAAGAUGAAAUUACAAGCAUUGGUAGAGCUGCCACUGAUGACGUUGACAGUGACGAGGAUGGUGGAGAUGAAAAUGAUGAGGAGGAGGAGGAUAGUGAGGAUGAUGAUGAAAGUGACAGUGGCCCUGAUCUUGCAAGGGGCAAAGGAAAUAUAGAAACUAGUUCUGAAGAUGAAGAAGAUAUGGCAGAUUUACUUCCAGAGGAAUCUGGUUUUGAGCAUGCAUGGAGAGAAUUAGAUAAAGAUGCUCCUCGGGCUGAUGAGAUUACACAUCGAUUAGCAGUUUGCAACAUGGACUGGGAUAGAUUGAAGGCAAAAGAUUUGCUGGCUUUGUUCAAUUCGUUUAAACCUAAAGGAGGUGUUAUAUUUUCUGUAAAGAUAUAUCCUUCGGAGUUUGGAAAGGAGAGGAUGAAGGAAGAGCAAGUUCAAGGACCAGUAGAGUUACUAAGUAUUCCUGAAGACGCCCCUGAAAAGGACUGGACCUCUAGAGAAAAACUGAGAGAUUAUCAAUUCAAACGACUGAAGUACUAUUAUGCAGUAGUAGACUGUGAUUCUCCUGAAACAGCCGCUAAAAUUUACGAAGAUUGUGAUGGCCUGGAAUUCGAAAGCAGUUGUUCAUUUGUAGAUCUAAGGUUUAUACCAGAUGAUAUUACUUUCGAUGAUGAGCCAAAGGAUGUAGCCUCAGAAGUGGAUUUAACAGCAUAUAAACCAAAAUACUUCACAUCUGCUGCAAUGGGAACAUCAACGGUGGAGAUCACUUGGGAUGAAACUGAUCAUGACAGAAUUACAACACUCAAUAGGAAAUUUAAAAAGGAAGAGCUUUUGGAUAUGGAUUUUCAAGCCUACUUAGCUUCCUCUAGUGAAGAUGAAGAGGAGAUAGAAGAGGAGCUACAAGGUGAUGAUGAAAUCAGUGUAGAGGAAGAUGGGAAAACAAAAAGAAGUCAGAAGGAUGAUGAAGAACAAAUUGCUAAAUAUAGGCAGCUCUUGCAAGUUAUUCAAGAAAAAGAAAAGAAAGGCAAAGAAAAUGAUAUGGAAAUGGAAAUUAAGUGGGUUCCAGGCCUUAAAGAAAGUGCAGAAGAGAUGGUCAAAAACAAGUUAGAAGGAAAAGAUAAACUGACCCCAUGGGAACAAUUUUUAGAGAAGAAGAAAGAGAAAAAAAGACUGAAAAAGAAACAGAAGGCUCUUGCUGAAGAGGCCAGUGAAGAUGAAGUUCCCUCUGAUGUUGAUUUGAAUGACCCAUACUUUGCCGAAGAAGCUAAAAAAAUUGGUAUAAAAGAAAAGAAAAAAACAAUGAAAUCUGCGAAAGAUGGCACAUCUCCAGAGGACGAAGCUGAAAUCAAAAGACAGAAGGCUGAAAUGGCCUUGCUCGUGAUGGAUGAGGAGGAAGAGAGCAAGAAACACUUCAAUUAUAACAAGAUCGUGGAGCACCAGAAUCUGAGCAAAAAGAAGAAAAAACAGCUUAUGAAGAAGAAGGAAUUAUUGGAGGAUGACUUUGAGGUAAAUGUUAAGGAUGCACGGUUUCAGGCAAUGUAUACUUCCCACUUGUUCAAUUUGGAUCCUUCAGAUCCUAAUUUCAAGAAAACAAAAGCUAUGGAAAAAAUCCUCGAGGAGAAAGCCCGUCAGAGAGAACAAAAGGAACAAGAACUUACUCAGGCAAUGAAGCAAAAAGAGAAUGAAAUUCAGAAGGAAUCACGAAAGAGGUCCAUUGAUCCUGCCUUGUCAAUGUUGAUUAAAUCUGUAAAAAACAAAACAGAGCAGUUUCAAGCAAGAAAAAAGCAAAAAGUCAAAUAGGUCUAUGUUGUUUCUUUUUGGAUUGAGAAUGUAUAAAGUAUGCAGAAGCAGCAGAAAGGAUAUUUAUUGGGAACAGUGCUACCUUUCAAGAAUAUGAGUGAAAUCUGGCCAUUAUAAAAUUUCUCUCCAUGUAUAACAGUUAGACCUAAUUGUGGAUGAUUGACAGAUUUGUACUGUGUGUUUCCACAGUUUAAUCAUAAUUAAAUUAAUCCUGAUUAUAGGAUUUAUAAAAUUUUUAGAUUUAUAACUCUGUUAGCUUUUUUUAAAAGACUGCUUACAAUUCUAUGUAAAAAUAGAGCAGUGCCCAAGUCUUAAGUCUGAAUUAGAGUUAGGAACAGUUUGAAAAUAUGUACAUGUAAUACAUUAAUUUCUCUGGAAGUAGGAGGCAGAUUUAUGUAUUUGUUUAAAUAACUUAUUUUUCUAGCCAUAACAAAUAAAAGCCAGUAACUUUUUUGUUUGGUCAUGUUUAUUAUAGUUUAUGAAAUUAAUUUGUAAAUAAAAUAUUAUUAUUUUAUAUAA